AUGAGUGUUGUUGAUGAGUCUCCGGUAGAGAGUGGUCUCUCUAAAGGUAGUACUGAAGAUGGUGAUAAUAUUUCUGUAUCAUCUAUGGUUCCUGUCAUUUCUGGUGACGAAGGGUUGGAUGGGAAUGGAACUGCUACUGGUGAGAUGGAUAUAACUUCGACUAAUAAAGGUUCACAAAAUUCAGAAGUUGUGGAAGAAGUAGGUUUGAAUAGUGUUGUGUCAGAGCAAGAGGAUCCUAUUUUGUUACGUUAUCGUGCUGCUUGUCAGAGUGGUGAUCUUGCCACUGUUAAAGAUCUUAUCGAAAACGAGCUAGUGGAUAUUAAUAAUGAUUACGAUAGUAAUGAAAAUGUAACUGGUUUGCAUUGGGCUAGUGUCAAUAAUAAGCUAGCUAUUGCAGAAUAUUUGAUUUCAAAAGGAGCAGAUGUCAACAAAAAGGCCGGGACAUUGAAUGCAACGCCAUUACACUGGGCUGCUAGUUAUGGUUACGUAUAUAUAGUAGAUGUAUUGUUGAAAAAUGGUGCUGACCCGACUAUUACAGAUGAUCAAGGUUUUAAUCUAUUACAUUUAUCCAUCAACAGUUCAAAUAUAAUGCUGAUAUUGUACGUCUUAUAUUUUGUCGUUGAUAAGGGUAUUAUAGAUGUCAAUUGCACUGAUCCAAAUGGAAGAACGCCUCUUCUAUGGGCAGCAUAUCAAGGUGACUCUUUAUCUGUGAAUUCAUUGUUAAAGUUCAAUGCAAGUACGAAAUUAACAGAUUCUUCUGGUUUUACGCCAUUGCAUUGGGGUGUAGUUAAGGGCCAGCCUCAUGUUUUGAAAUAUUUAAUUGCUGAUGGCGCUGACUUCUUCCAAAAGACUAAUGAUGGUAAAGAUUGUUUUACUAUUGCCCAAGAAAUGAAUACUGUGUAUUCAUUAAAAGAAGCCUUGAAUCACUGUGGAUUCAAUGAUCAAGGUUUCCCUAUCAAGAGAUAUAUUAAGAAAAGUUUACAUGCUAAAUUAGUGACAUUUUUCACCCCUUGGAUAGCACUUGGUUUCGUAUUUGCAUUUUUUGCCUAUGUUAACCCUCUUAUUGCAAUUUUAGUAACUGCAUUGAUGUCAUUAGCAAUUGCAAAGGCGUUAAGAGUUUUUGCAUUACCAUAUUACACUAUUAAGGGUGCCCAAGCCAACACAUUAUUGAAAUCUCCCUUGCUGGCGGGUAUAUUUGCUGCUAGUGUAUUUUGGUUAUCAAUAAACUGGUUGUUCACUGUUAUGCCAUACACCAUAGCCAAGCAUAGUUUUGGUAAUUUUGUUAUGCUUUCAAUUAUCAUAUCUCUAAGUUAUUUAUUUGUUAAUUUAGUUAGAUCUGAUCCUGGAACUAAACCAGCAGAAUUUAACCAUGAUUCUAUCAGAGAAACUAUAACUAAUUUGAUGUUAAUUGGUAAAUUUGAUACGAAUAACUUUUGUAUUGAGUCGUCCGUAAGAAAGCCAUUGAGAAGCAGAUAUUCUUAUUUAAAUUCUGCGAUUGUUACUAGAUUUGACCAUUUUUGUCCUUGGAUUUAUAACGAUAUUGGUUUGAAGAAUCAUAAACUUUUUGUAUUGUUCAUAAUUUUAAUGGUGAUAGGUAUUUGGGAAUACACCUAUUUAGCCAUGGAAUACUUUGACGAAUUGGAAGAUCUUUAUAAAGAUGCAUCAUGUUUUUUGCUUGGUGAUGAUGAAUUAUGUGCUGGUUUAACGUAUGGUACCUUUACAUUUUUCAUUAUGAUAUGGUCACUUUUCCAAUCCAUUUGGGUAUCUAUAUUGAUUUUUGUUCAAACGUUCCAAAUGUUCAAAGGUGUUACCAGUUAUGAGUUCUCUAAGAUUGUUAAAGGAAGUAGAGUAAGAAAUCCAAAACCAUCCAGAGUAAAUGACACAUUUAAUACUACACCAGAUGGUUACACAUCUGGUAAUGAUGCAGAAAACUCGGCAACAGAUGCAGCAGCAAGUACAUUACAACCAGAAUCAAGAACUGGAACCUUAGAAACCAUAACCCCAUCUGUAAAGAAAUCACGUACAUUCUGUGCACUAUGCUCAGCAGUACUAGGAUUCGACCAAUGGAUUAUAAUUAUGAAGGAAUCCUUAGGUAUCUCAUCUGGAGGAGGUGAUUGGAACAGAUCAAGUUUUUUCAUCCCUACAAAUUACGGCUGGAAGACAAACCUCACAGACUUUUGGCUAACAAGCGAUACAACAGCACCAAUAUGGCAAAGAGUACUGUACCCACCAUGUUCAUCAAAGGCGUUGUUGAACAAUAUUGAAGUGGAUUACAAUAACCUUUACAGAUUACCUGAUACAUUCAACACAGAAUCUCCUGAUUCAAUGGUAUAA